CAAGACCACCUACAGGAGGGAUGCAGGGCCCUGCAGACAGUGGACCUGGACACGGCAGAACAACAUUUCGCAGCCGCACUCAAAUCUGUGCAUGUCAAAUAUUCAAAGUUUGAUCAAUACAGCAAGGAAGCAGAGCCUCUCUACAAGUUAGGCGAUGUAUACCUGAAGAGAGGAAUCCAGACUAAAGACGGUGGAGACUUCACCAAGGCUGCAGCACUCUGUAAUGCAGCACUGGUAAGAUGUAGGAGGCAAGAUAUCAAGGAAGCUAUCCAGGAAAUAAGCAAGUCUUUUUUAAAACAUGUUCUGAAUAUUGAACAAAAGGUAGACAUUGGUGAUGUAGAGAAACACAGGUUGAAGUUAGAGGAACAUAGAGACUUUGUAAAAGAGGAGAUCACAAGAAUUGAGCGAGAGGUAGAUCCUUACAGUCUUGAUGAUGACGAUCCAAAGAUAAGGGAAGUAGAGAAAAGGAGAACAGAUGAAAUCAAAUCAUUGUUUGACAUGAUUGCCCACCAGCGAAAAAUGUUCAUAGCUGGCCUUGUAGAUGAAUGUAUGGAGGUGAUGGGCCCGCCUCCCUGUAAGUACGCCAUGAUAGGCUUGGGGUCACAAGCCACAGGAUUGGUGACACCAUACUCUGAUCUAGAGUUCGCCAUUUUGGUAGAGAAUGAAACAGAGCAUAAUGUCAGGUAUUUCCGCAACCUCACUAAUUUUCUGCAUCUCAAAGUCAUCAAUUUGGGUGAAACCAUUCUCCCAGCCAUGGGGAUUAAGUCGCUGAAUAAUUUCUACUCAAAAGACCCUCUUGACAACUGGUUCUAUGACUCUGUAACGCCACGGUUUGCAUUUGAUGGCUCCAUGCCACAGGCAUGCAAAACUCCUUUAGGCAGAGGAAAAAACAGCACAUCUACAAGUGAACUCAUCCGCACACCAAGGGAGAUGACCAAAGUUCUAAAAGAAGACCUUACUUUUCAUCUGAAGAAAGGAUACCACCUUGCUAGUAUAUUGGGGAAUGUGUGUUUAAUCAUAGGAGAACAGGAGUUGGUUGAUGUGUAUAUCGCUCUAUGGACUCAUGUACUGCAAGAAAAUCACGGAGGGAUAAUUCCUGGCAUAUUAGCACUAACACAUCUUCGUGAAAAUGCACCAAUAUUUGAGAACGAUGAGAAAACCGGUAGGUUGAUGGAUGUAAAAAAAGAAAUGUAUCGAUUUUCAAGUCUUGCAGUGUCUUGUUUAGCGCUACUUCAUAACAUACAACCGACAAAAAUCUGGGACACUAUUGAGAAUCUGAAGAAGAUUGGCGCCAUCAAUCGUGAGAAUGCACACCACUUGACGGUGAUGGUGAGCAUCUCUGCAGAACUGAGGCUGCGGACAUAUAUGAGUAAUGGAGGCCAGGUUGAAAGCAUGUCAGCCUUGUCAUCAAUGUCAACAGAUACACACAUUGCAAUUGGGGAGACAUUAAGGAAGGUGUUUUACUUUUCAAAGGCUAAACAGCUCAUGAGAUACUAUUACACAGAAAGGCCAACAAAGUACUUUAUUUCAAAGCUUGCCAACGGUCAUUCAACAGAGGAAUCAUCAAUUCUAUUUGACGACUCUUCCAGAGUGAAAGCAAAGAUAUACAGAAGUCUGUGUGAUUAUGAAAACUGUAAGACAUGUUCAGAACAGGCACUACAGAGUGCUAGAUCUAGAUAUGGUGAAGGGAAUCCACAUAAUGACAUUGCUACGUCUCUUAACGACCUUGGUCAUGCCUGGGGGAAACUUGGUGAUUAUAGAAAAGCCGCCAGUUAUUAUAAACAGUCCUUAAAGAUGACACAGAGUAUCUAUGGGGAGAACACCGACAGACUUGACAUACUUAUCAACUUGGGUAAUGCUUAUAGCAAACUCGGUGAUUACAGAAAGGCCGUCAGUUAUUUUGAACACUCCCUACAGAUGAUGAGGGUUAUCUAUGGGGAGAACACUGACCAUCCUGACAUUGCUAACACACUUAACAACUUGGGCGUGGCCUGCAGUGACCUCGGUGAUUACAGAAAAGCUGUCAGCUAUUAUGAACAGUCCCAACAGAUGAGGUUGAGUAUCUAUGGUGAGAACACCGAACAUUCUGACAUUGCAACAUCACGAAGUCUUGCAAACUUGGGCAAUGCCUGUAUGGAACUUGGUGAUUACAAAAAGGCCGUCAGCUAUCAUGAACAGUCACUACAGAUGAUGCAGACUAUUUAUGGGGAGAGUACCGAACAUCCUGACAUUGCCUCAGCACUUAACAACUUGGGCUCGGCCUAUGGUAGACUAAGUGAUUACCAAAAGUCCAUUAGCAUACACGAACAGUCACUACAGAUGAUGAAAAAUAUCUAUAGGGAGAGCGCCGAACAUCCUGACAUUGCCUCAGCACUUGACAACUUGGGCGUGGCCUGUAGGGACCUCGGUGAUUACAGAAAGGCUGUCAGAUAUCAUGAGCAGUCACUACAGAUGAGGUUGAGUAUCUAUGGGGAGAACACUGAACAUCCUUACAUUGCCUACUCACUUAACAACUUGGGCACUGCCUGUAUGAAACUUGGAGAUCACAAAAAUGCCCUCAGUUAUCAUGAACAGUCACUACAGAUGAGGUUGAGUAUCUAUGGGGAGAACACUGAACAUCCUUUGAUUGCCUACUCACUCACCACCUUGGGCGAUGCCUGUAUGAAACUUGGUGAUUACAAACAGGCCGUCAGCUAUCAUGAACAAUCACUAAAGAUGAAUCAGAGUAUCUAUGGGGAGAACACUGACCAUCCUGCCAUUGCCGCAUCACUUAAUAACUUGGGCGCAGUGUUUGACAAAAUCGGUGAUUACAGAAAAGCUGAAAGCUAUUUUGAACAGUCACUACAGAUGAGGCAGAGUAUCUAUGGGAAGAACACCGAACAUCCUGACAUUGCCAAAUCGCUUAGUAACUUGGGCGCGGCCUGUAUGGAACUUGGUGAUUACAAAAAGGCAGUCAGCUAUCAUAAUCAGUCACUACAGAUGAUGAAGACUAUCUUUGGGGAAAACACCGAACACCCUGACAUUGCUCACUUACUUAACCACUUGGGCAAUGCCUGUAGGAAACAUGGAAAUCACAACAGUGCUGUCAGUUAUCAUGAACAGUCACUACAGAUGAGGUUGAGUAUCUAUGGGGAAAACACCGAACAUCCUGCAAUUGCUGAAUCACUUAACAACUUGGCCAAUGCCUGUAUGGAACUUGCUGAUCACAAAAAGGCUUUUAGCUAUCAUGAACAGUCACUACAGAUGAGGAAGAGUAUCUAUGGGGAGAACACUGACCAUCCUGACAUUGCCGCAUCACUUUAUAACUUGGGCAAUGCCUGUAUGGAACUUGGUGAUCACAAAAAGGCUUUUAGCUAUCAUCUACAGUCACUACAGAUGAGGCAGAAUAUCUAUUGGGAGAACACUGACCAUCCUGACAUUGCCGACUCACUUAAUAACUUGGGCAAGGCCUGUGGUGAUCUUGGUGGUUACAGAAAAGCUGUCAGCUAUUAUGAACAGUCACUACAGAUGAGGCAGAGAAUCUAUGGGGAAAGUAAUGCACAUCCUGACAUUGUAAUGCCACUGAACAACUUGGCUGUCACUUGGGGCUACCUUGGUAAUCACAGAAAGGCUGACAACUAUCGUGAUCAGGCAAGGAGGAUGACACAGAUCAUACAAGAAAGAAAUAAAGCACAAUCUGACACCUACCGAUCUGGAACCUAACGAUAUUCCAAUGGCCAUGGAAAGGAAACUGCCUGUCCAAGCAGUCACUGCAUUUUUUUGAAAACGCAAAGGCACACAUCAACUACACAUGUACCAAAGUUAAUUGCAAUCAAUCCACCUGAAAGGAUACUACAUAUACAUUGUCCCAAUGUGUGUUUUCCCUGCCCUUGGUGCUGAAAGAAUACUACAUUGACCAAAUGCGUGUUUUCCCUGUCCUUGGUGCCGAAAGGAUACUACAUUGGCCUAAUGUAUUUUCCCUGUCCUUGUUGCUGAAAGGGUGUCCUCAUGCAAGUUUUACUUGGUAUUACAAUGUACUUACCAAAUAUUGUUCAAAUUGGAUCACUAGAAAUAGCAAAAAUCUAAAAAAAUAUUUUUUCAGGACUGAAACAGGAAACACAACUUAUUUUCGAAGGCCUAAUAAUAUCUUAAAAGCGUGUAGAUGUCAUGUGACAUCAGCUGCUACUUUUGUACCCCAGAAUGUAUCUGAAAGAAGAAUAUAGGUGGGAAAUAUUUCAAACUGUGCUCACUGGUUUCACGUGUCUAUUCUCUAACAUACAAAUAAUGACAAUGUUCUAUCAAUUGAAAACACACACAAAAAACAUACACAUAAGAAUAAUUUCAUUUUCAUAAUAUUUUAAUCUUCAUCAUCAGGUCUACAAUGUAUCAUGUAAUCUGAUGAUAUAAAACAUGUUGGAACUCCUGUCUGCACCUCAAGACAGUAAAAACAUCCACUCUGUCUCCUGUUCUGACAAAGAUUAUCAGCCUGACUCCACUGUGAGCCACACCAAUUUAAAUUUGUUGGUUUUGAGAUUUUUCAU